UUGGUCUGUCUGUUGGGCUGCAGUGUCCGCCCUCGUUUCCGCUUCCAGUUCAAAGUUGAUCGCAUGAGCGGCAUGUUGUGUGUCAGUGAAGGACGCAGCUUCUCAGUGUAAUACCGCAGAGUCCGGGUUAUAUAAAGCAAACGAGGGAGCGGAGCCCGGGUGCAUUUAGAAAUGGCAGGCAGUAGGCUGGAGAAAUUCGGGACUGUAUUUACAAGGGUGCGUGAUUUGAUGCGGGCUGGGGUUGUUAAGGAUGCAGACAAGCCCAUCUGGUAUGACGUCUACGCGGCCUUCCCACCAAAGAAAGAGCCUGUCUAUCAGAAGCCGAUCGCAAGAUUCGGGAAGGUAGUGGACAAGGUGCCUGAAAUCCUGUACAAGGAGGACACAGUGAGAGCGAAAUUCUAUGAAGUUUAUGGAAAUGGCCCGCGAGCUUUUGAUCUCACAAAAGCUAAUUUUGUUUCCACAAGCCAAAGGUUCAUAGAGAAGCAUCAAGAGCUGGAGAAGACUGGGGACCUGGAUGAGGAGAAGCUGUUUGAAGAGACAGCGAAGGCUCUCCUUGCUGAAGGGAUAGUACUGCGAAGACGAGGAGGGGCCACUCAGAUGGCGCUGCAGUCGCCCGGAGUUUCAGUUUCUCCUGAAGCAGAGAGCAGGGACCCUGUGCUGGAAAUGAGACUGAAGGACAUGCUGCAGGAGCUGCAGCAGGAACACCGAGAGAAGCAGCAGACAGAGACCGCACGAGAUCCUGCCACGACUCAGUAAUCCUCCUCCCCCAACACCUCAUACCAGGGCGGGGAGCAGAGUGAGGUCUGUGGAUGGUAACUGUGGCUGUGUUUCCAUUGGGCUCUGUUCAGUACUUCAGUGCUUCUCCCUAAGAAAGGUACAGACCUCUCUGUUCGAUCGAUUCCACCUGGCGCGCUCGGAUCUGCAGUUUCAUUCCCCUCUGUUCCUGUUCUGUGAAUGGUUGGAGCUCAAGUCCUCUGAUCCCACACAACCACAGAGAGCUCCUGCCUGUCAUUGAGGAGACCAUGUGAUUGUGGUGGGGACAGACAGUAGGACCAUUCUGGGAAUCCUCCAUGUGAUUAAUCAGGUGGAAAGAGGCAUUCCUGUACUGCAUGGACUGAGCUCGGGCACGACAGCUAGCCCUAAUAGUGGCCGCUGGAUAUGACAGCAUAUUUUUUCAUGCAACUGGAGACUGAUUUAAUGUAUUUUACAGUGGUUCCUAGAAGGUUAAACAAUUACUGAAUUUAGUUUUUUGCAUGUGCCUUAACUCUCUCCACGGACAUCUGAAAAGCCGAAUUAAAUUUCAGUACUGCUGCAGCAAUUCUUCUUUACUGUAAGUUGCAUUGCAUCUUGUCAAAUAAAUAAAAUGCUAAGCUCC